UUCUUUUUUUCUUUAUCGUUAUUUUACGUAUUUUUCUUCUCUUCUUACAAUGCUGCGAGCCUAAAAAGGAAGGAAAGACACUCGGGAAGAACAACUUCUACUCUUACAUGGUGUCUCUCUUUACCAUAUUCAGUCUCUCUCUCUCUCUCUCUCUCUCUCUGUCUCUUUUCCGGAGUUGAAUACAUUAUCUAAUCUCUUUGUUAUUACUCCCAAUAAUUUCACACGAGCAGUUCAUUCUCUCUCUCUCUCUCUUGCUCUGUCCCUGCUGCUAGGCCCAAAGAAAGCUCUCUCUCUCUCUCGACCCUUUUAGCAGAACUGUGUGUCAGAGAGUUUCAUGGCUGGGUAGUCCAUACCAGGCAUCUUCUGGUUUAAUUUUCGCAAAGUGUCUACAACUAUUCCCACACAAUUUUUCUAGUUUAUCAUUUUUCUUGCUUCAGCUUCACUAUACUUUCAACUUUGCAAUUUUUUUUCCCGCCUCUUCUGAGAGAUUAUCUGCAAUCGGACAGCUUGGAAGUUACCAAUAGACAGAUUUUUGCCUCUUCAGUGCCUGUUUUCUGGGUUUCUCCGAGCGAAGAUAAGCUUGUUUAAGGAUCUUGAAGAUGAAAUAAUUAUGGCGGAAAUUGAUAGAAAGAGAAUUCUUCCCGCGACUGCCUGUGCUUGGGACGAGAUUGCUGACUGCUGUGACGUGACAGUUUGUGAGCGUUUGAAUAAGCACUCAGGAGUGUGUAGACAGGAAAUUUACUAUAGAGGCUGGCUCUGUGUGAUGGAGUCAUCAUCAUCAUCAGGAUCAACGAAGAGGGCUCGAGCAGUCGGCGGUGGAGCCCGAGCCCCUUCAUGCUUGGUUGAUGGGUGCACUUCAGACCUUAGUAAAUGCAGGGAUUAUCACCGACGCCAUAAAGUAUGCGAAGACCACUCAAAGUCCCCGAAGGUUACAAUUAGGGGUCAGGAACAACGUUUCUGCCAGCAGUGCAGCAGGUUCCAUUCCCUGGGAGAGUUCGAUGAAGGAAAGCGAAGCUGCAGGAAACGUCUUGAUGGACACAACCGACGCCGUAGGAAGCCUCAACCAGAAUCUCGGCCCUUAAAUUCAGGAAGGUUCCUCUCCAGCUAUCAAGGCACCACAAUCUUAACAUUCAGUAGUCCACAAAUACUUCCGCAAGGUGCUGUAGUGAGCUCUACUUGGCUUGGACCUGUCAAAGCUGACACUGAUGCUGCUGUGCUUUGCAACAGCUAUUCGCAGCUGAACUUUUGUGACAUAAGAAACUCGAUUAAUCCUGGUUCUUUAUGCCACAAUUACAAAGGAGGAAAGCAGUGCCAAUUUUCACAAGGCUCUAGCUCCUCCCUCCCUGGAGCUUCUGUCAGCUGCCAACCUCUUCCAGAUGCUAAUUUUGCAUACAGCAACGCCAGCAGCAGUCGGAAAGUGUUCUCUAACGGAUCAAACCGAGGCUUCGACGACUCUGACUGUGCUCUCUCUCUUCUGUCAUCAACACCAUCUGAGGCUGGGCAGGUUGGUUUGGGCCACAUGGUGCAGUUCAACCCCAUCAACCCAGCUCAGUCCUUCGUCCCCACUAUUCACUACAAUGGCUUGAGAAUGGAGGGUAAGGCAGUUUCUUCCGCUUUGGUUUCUGAUAGCAGCAGCAAUGCCAACCUCCAUUGCCAGGAUAUGUUUUCCAUUUGGCCUGACGGGUCGUCUGCAAGCGGGGCGCAUCACCAUACACAUUCCUUCUUGUGGGAGUAGUAUUAGUAUGAUGAUGCCACAUCCAGCUCUCCCUUGUGAGUUGUGAACGCUUAGCUUGAGCUUUUUAGCAGAUGAAAGCAACUGUGAGAUAUCCAACGUGUUAGUAAAUGCAAGUUUCGUAUCUAUGAAAGAAUUUAUGGUCGCUAAAGAAGUGAGCUCCUCUAUAUUGCUAUGUGUGAUGAAAUAAAAACAUCGGCCGCAAUGUCAUCUAUUGCGUGGUCAAA